GUUCGCUGUUAAGCCUGGCAACCCUGCUGUAUUCGCUCUUACUUUUUGCACAAUUAAUUAAUUUUUCUUGGAUAUUCUUGGAAUGUCUUACAAAUUGCUUUGCCGUGCAGUAGCUAAAUCGAAUCACUUCAAUUCUAAGCGAUUAUUUUCCAGGACAACAGCGGCAAUGGUGAAGGUGGGAGACAAGCUGCCAUCGGUGGAUCUUUUUGAGGAUUCGCCAGCAAAUAAAAUCAACACCGGCGAUUUGGUGAAUGGCAAAAAAGUUAUCAUAUUUGGUGUGCCAGGUGCAUUUACGCCCGGUUGCUCCAAGACUCAUUUGCCUGGCUACAUUUCCACAUCGGAUCAGUUGAAAUCCCAACAAGGAGUCGAUGAAAUUGUCUGUGUGUCGGUUAAUGAUCCCUUUGUGAUGUCUGCCUGGGGUAAAGAGCAUGGAGCUAAUGGAAAAGUGCGUCUAUUGGCUGAUCCAGCUGGUGCCUUUACCAAGGCCCUGGAUGUAACUAUCGAUCUGCCACCAUUGGGCGGAGUUCGCUCAAAGCGGUACUCGUUAGUAGUGGAAAAUGGGUCUGUAACCGAAUUGAAUGUUGAACCUGACGGCACUGGACUCAGUUGCUCCUUGGCCAACAAUAUUGGCAAGAAAUAGGAAUUGAAUGAAUAAACGCAAUAUCUUGCACGUAGUGAUGCUGCUUUUAGAGCGAUUAGGGCAAACAAAAUAUAUCACAUUAAAUAAAGUUAAACUGUGAAAUUGGAAA